CGCCACACACAACGAGGGAACCCCAUCAGCUGGAAGUCGAGUAACAUUACAACUCUACUACAUUACACAAGCGAGGGUCUCCUCUGAGGAUUUUAAUCGCGGGAUUCGUGCGCAACUACGUCAUCAUUAUUUUUAUUCCCCGUGACUUGUUUUUUGUGUGGCGCGGGGACCAAACUGGAGAGAGGCGAGCAUGGAGUACUUCAUGGUGCCAGCUCAGAAGGUGCCCUCCUUGCAACACUUCAGAAAGACGGAGAAAGAAGUGAUCGGAGGUCUCUGUAGUCUGGCCAACAUUCCUCUGACACCAGAAACGGCUCGAGACCAAGAGAGACGGAUCCGGCGGGAGAUCGCCAAUAGUAACGAGCGCCGCCGCAUGCAGAGCAUCAACGCUGGAUUCCAGUCGCUUAAAACACUCAUUCCACACAGCGACGGCGAGAAACUCAGCAAAGCUGCCAUCCUGCAACAGACGGCGGAGUACAUCUUCACUCUGGAGCAGGAGAAGACCAGGCUCCUGCAGCAGAACAGUCAACUGAAACGAAUCAUACAAGAGUUAAGCGGCUCCUCUCCGAAGAGGAGGCGUGCCGAGGAGAAGGAUGAAGGGAUCGGCUCGCCUGACAUUCUGGAGGAGGAGAAAACGGAGGAUCUGCGGAGGGAGAUGAUUGAGCUGAGGCAGCAGCUGGAGAAGGAGCGUUCAGUCCGGAUGAUGCUGGAAGAUCAGAUGCGGUCACUGGAUGCUCAGAUGUACCCAGAGAAGCUGAAGGCCAUCGCCCAGCAGGUCCAUGAGCAGCAGACGCAGAGUCUCAUCUGCCUGCAGCAGCACAAGCAGCUGGAGAGGGACCUCACUCCGGCCCACAGUCCACAGAUGCUGGCCCCGGCGACGCCCCCUGCCCCGACACACCACCCCACGGUCAUCGUCCCAGCACCUGCCCCAGCGCCACAGUCGCAUCACGUUACCGUGGUAACCAUGGGCCCAACAUCCGUCAUCAACACAGUUUCUACUUCCCGACAGAACCUGGACACCAUCGUACAAGCAAUCCAGCACAUCGAGGGCACUCAAGGGAAGAGCUCCUGCGAGGAGGAGCAGCGGAGGGCCGUCAUCGUCACUUCAGGUCGAGUCCUGUCUGACGCUGCCGGCUCAGACACAGCAUCGAACAGCGACGCGGCAGACGACUGCUCGCUCCCCUGAGCCGCCCCCCUCCCGCUGCACACACACACACACACACACACACGCUCCAAAUGCAAAAGGUUCGAUCUGACCAAGACGACUCAGCACUCUUAUUCCGAGGACAUUGACACGGUUGCUCGACUGGUUGAAGCACUCUUCUUUUUCUUUAACAAUGAUGUACUGUGAUAGGCAGCAGAGAUAGGUUUACACUUACACUGACAGUUCGGCAUCUCUCCUUAUACUCCUGAUCUCACACACGCAUCUGUUAGCGAACUAGAACGGUUUUUUAGCUCAAUAGUACUUACAGCGUUUACAUGCACGCAAAUGUUCGGCUGAUCCAAAAUGAACAAAAAAAGUUAGCGCCACUAUUAAGCACUAGAUAAAUCUGGAUUGUAAAAGCAGCUCACCACCGUUUGCGUGUGUGAUUUCUACUUAAAAUUGAUGAAUUAAUAAGCAACUGAAAUCUCUAUUGCUGUAAAAUGGUCUGUUUAUUCUGAACAUUCCUUUUUUUUUAUCAGGCGGACCGAUUCUCUCAAACAGAUGUGGUUUGUCAUAACAGUGUUCUGAUCUGACCUUUAAAAGUAUGAGGAAUAUUUGGUGCAUGUAAACCAAGUGAUGUGUAAACACUUAAUACUGGAUUCUAUAUGUUCAAACAUCUCUAUUAGGUUUUAUUUCCACUUGGCUCUCAAGCCUCAUGACUGACAGUUAAUGAAGAACACGUCUGCGCGACAUCAUUGCGCCUCCCCACCCGGCUCUCGCCUCUCCUCCUCAAGCCUGUGAUUGAAAGAACUGGGUCCUGCCGAUCGAUGGGCACUCUGAAAAGCGCCAUGUUUACAUGAGUUCAAGAGCUGUUUUCUAAUAGCUGUGCGGUGCCGGAGAAGCUUGGGGGGAGAGCGUGCACUUACUGGCUCACAAGCGCUCUCUUGUCUUUGUUUUUACCGGGCUGGGUUCCCGGUAAUCCUGCAUGUUCGGCGUCUAUUUCUCAAGGACCUGGCGGAAAACCCAGGGCAGCAUCCCUUGUUCACUAUAAAGCACCUGGCGGGUGUCGUAAGCUGGACCGCGGUCCCCCUUCUUUGACCCCUCGUGUCAUUUUGAAGCGUUUUGAAUUGGCAGGGUGCCACAGACUCUGGCAGUCUUCAACAGCACCAGCGUUGCCUUCGCUCCAAAUCAACCGGCAUGCAAUCGGCGGGCGAAAACAAAAGCUCAUUUUAGUGUUUCAAACUCUCUGAAAUCGAAUGUGCCAUGAAGGCGAACAGGUCGACCACAUGCUCUAUGCAUCUCCUCGUCCUUCCUGUUCUUGUUUUGUUUUUUUGAGGUUACACUUAAGACAGUGAAGGCAGCAUUUAACUGAGCGGGGUUGGGGCGGGGGGGCGCUUUCCAAACCAGCCUUAACACAGCCAUGGCACUCUGAGAUUAUCAAAACACAUUCUUAAGUCUUAAGGCGGCUGUGAGAACUGUUCGCCACCUUAAAUCUUUGCUCUUAUUUUGUCUGUUGUUUUUAUGUUUUUGACUCCAAGUUGCUGGUUUGCCACUUAAGCACUCCUUAUUACCCCCCCUCCUCUUUGGUAGCCCCUGGAUACAUUCAUACAUACGCACUCUUAUUGAAACAUUAACAUUCCGAAAAAAUGUUACAAAAAUUUGGCGUCUUCUAUUUGACUUAGUUUGUCAUUCUAAUUCACAACGCCAUUCGGGUUACGGAAAAACCCAAACUAGUGAAGCUGCUGGACAGAUGACAUUGAAUGAGACUUGUUGUUAACCCUUUAAAAAGUCAUCACUAAAAGUUAGUGACGUUUGUCUGAUGCUGUAGCAGAUCCAUGUAUUACUUGCUUGAUCAAUAUUGAAGAAAUGUAGUCUGAAUUAAACCACAAAACAAGUUUGUGACUAAAUAUAUCCACUUAAAAACGGAUACAAAUCCACAUUUCCCAAAACGUAUUGCACAGGCCAGUGAUACACAGGCGCUACUCACCAGUACAUGAGUUCUGAUUGUUCAAGUUGUUCUGCUUUACAAUGUUUUUCAUGUGUUUUGCCUGCAUCAGCAAUCAACACUGUUUGGUUUUGUUACAAGGACAUAUCAGAUUGUCGGCGGGUGGGACAGGGAAUCAUCGAAGGGGUCGAGAUUACAAAGCACUUACUGUACUAUACUGGACUAUUUUGCAAAAACAAGCAUCUCCUCAGCUGCAGCUCCGGAGUCUGUAACUAAAAGCUGCAGAGCGUAUCGUCAUGUUAAAUCCUUUAUCUCGUCCUGUGUCCCCCCCCUUUUUUUUGUUCUCUGAGAAAACUCCAUUUGAGUUGUCCCUUGUUCUUCGUGACCCCUCUUUCUUUCCUCUUUUUUUUUUUUUUUUUUUUUGGUCAUCAAAAAGCUAUUCUUUUUUUAAGAGAAACGUUUCGGGGAUAAAGAGGCUUGUGCCUUUGUA